CGUUUCGUGGAAGAAAAAUGGCUGCCUUGUUCGCGGACGUGACACGUUUAUGGACCUUACAAGGUCUAUGGACACGUUAGACUGCUGACGCUGAUAAAAUAACAUGAUUAUUAUCACUGCGAUUACGAACUUGAACGUUACGUUUUUCUGAUAAGUGUAAAUUUUGAAUGUAAUUCACAAGAUGCCACUUAAUUAUUGAAGCAAUAUUAUAUUGUUUGACCUAGUAACUGAAGUAAUUGCCACAUGUUUUAAGUAGUUACGCCAUUGGUAUUCAACCGCAUUAUCAUCGUGAACUUCCUAGAUGCGUUUCGGUUUUAGUCGAAAUCGUUUUUCGUUUUAUCGUUGUGCGAACAGUUGCGAUACAGUUUCAAUACGGUUUGGAGAUUUUUGAUUCUAGUCAGUAAGAUUGUGGAUUUCGCGGGAUUAGUACUACCAUGGCAACUUGUGAUGUAUGCGUCCACUUGUCCGACAUCAUGACACCUCAAUCGUUUUCCAGCUUAAUCACAACGCUUAUAAAAUAUUUGGUCUAUGAAAAGCAACUCAUUCCUUAUCCGUACGACCGUUUGAAGUUAUAUGUACAAAAAUACAAAGAACUGAACUUAGAGCAGGAAAGUAAUCGCUGUAAUUUGAAAAAAAAAUACAGACUGGAGUCAGAGAAAUAUUAUAAGAAAGUUUCAGAUGCUAUAAUAAGUCUUGAGACAGUUUUUAAGUGCAUUGAAAAUGAAUUUCUUAAUCGUGUGGAAAACCAUAUAGAAUCAGUCGUUAUAUUAAUUGGUUCAAGUGUACUUAAUCCUUUGACUGUAUUCAAUAUAAAUGUACCAGAAUUAAGUUAUUCACAUUCUGAAAAACAACAUUCUUCUAGGCAGCACAUAGAUAAUGUAUUUAGGAAUAUACUGAAUAAUGACAAGUUCAAUGAUAUAUUAACAUCAAAUAUUAUGGUUGAAACAAACUUGUAUGUGAUGUUCAAAGUAAAGAAGGGUGGAAAAAUGGCUACUAAUUGGUGUGUUCCUAAGGAGCAGUUUCGUUGUUUCCGAGGUAAACAAGUGGUUUUGAGAUUUGACCAACCGCACGACGAGAUCAAUGCGAAGAAAUAUGAAACAUGUUGCACCAAAGAUUGUUUAAAUUUUGAAGUAUUUGUUGACUUUGACAAUGAGCAAAGUGUACAAACAUUGCAAACAUUUAAUAGUACAUUCACCGACAGUGUCGUUGAUUGGUAUUUAGGAAAAAAUCAUAUAACUGGUUUUAAAAAUUAUAAAUACAACGGAAUUCCUAUAUCAGAUACUUGGUUGAAUCCAACCAUCAUUGAUCAUAUGGUGUCAUAACCUAACCUUUGUAUAAUAAUAGCAAUAUUUAUUUAGACAAUUUUAUUUUUUACAUAAUUAUACACCGAAAUUUGUCCAACUAUGUUCUAACUAUUAUUUAAUUAUUUAUUAAUAGGUUCUUUUUUUUUUGUAUGUAUUGAUUGUUUUUGUAAUUUCCGUUUAUAAACAACUUAUGUAUUGAAGUAUGUAAUUAUUAAAAACCAAUAUAAAUAUUUUUCCUUGCCAGAACAAAAAUUAUUGACAGAUAUAACGAAAUUCCAAGAUAUAUAUCAUUGUUAACAAAAUAUGUAAACAUCUAUUAACAAUAUUUUAGUUUUUCUUUUCAAUAUUAUAUCGCAUUAUUUAUUUUAUGUAUUUUUUUUAAAAACAAAUUUUUGAAUAAAAUACUUGCCGA